UUUUUUUUUACAGCAAGAGCCCCGUGUGUGGUGCGCACGUGGACGUGAACGGUACGCGUUUUGGGUUUUUUUGUGCACAACUUUAACCACCAAACGCAUCCCGAUCCCCUCGACGCACGUAUCUAGCUCGAGGCAUGCACGGAAUGGCUGUUGACGAAGAGUUAUCGCUGUCAUGGAGUGUAGAAAUGGAAGUGAAUUUAUUCCAUGCAAUGAGGGGUCACAAACCAGUUGGAGUGAACAAGAACUUCCAAAUGAUGUGCAUUCAUGACAAGCUACAGCAAUCUACAGGACGCAAAGUAACCUCACAACAGAUCUGGCAACAUCUCAGCACCAUGUAUGACAUGCAAGCAUUGCAUGAGUCUGAGAUUCUUCCGUUUCCCAAUGUGCAGUCAGAGUUUACAUUACCAAGUGAUGAAUAUGGCGAGCUUAUGACAGGCAAAAGAAAAGGAGUUGCUGCAGUAGUGGAAGAAGGUACCCCAAAGGAGUCACUGAAGACCACCAUUCGUCUGCCAACAAUGACUUCUCUUGCCUCAGUCACCCCCUCAGAAAAGGACAGCUCACCAAAGAGGAAGAGGACUAGACAAGGGACCAAUACACCCAACCCUGAUAUACUGGCUAACAAGAGACGUAGAUGAGAUUCAUUGCAUCAAGACAAGAGAUCAAUGUCAUUGGCCAUCGAGCUGAACAGACUGAUGCGUAAUACCAUGCCUGUAUGAACCUUAGCAAUUGCCAAGCAAUACCUAAGGUGCCACAUGGUCUGGCAUGCCAGUGAAAUGCAAGUGGCAUUUUACUCAUUCCUCCAUUUAGUAUGAAGUAGAAUAUCUGCUCCCAGAUCUAAAAACAUACAGACGUACUAAUGUUUGAAGCUGGUUAAAAGGUCAGGAGAUACCAUUUACAUAGAUUUCACUUUGGGCCAUUCAUCAUCAUUUUUCAGAGCGCCGUCAUUAAUUUUAUGUAUAUAUACUUGACUUUCACAGGAAAAUCCUAAAUCAGGUAUUGUAACAAGUAACUCCGACACCCUUAAUCAGAAAUAUUUAAUUGAUUUUACACAACCAGCAAUCAUAAUUCAGAAAUCUUGAUUACAUCAAACAGGAAUUUAUUCAAAUUAUUCAAUUUUCAAUGUGUUCAUACCCACAAUUGAUUGUUGCUUAAUGAGUACAAAUUUUUUCACUCAUCCGUGGUUUUAUGCCAAAUCCAACAAAAAA